AUGGGAGAUGCUGAAACUGGUCGUUUACGGCUUAAGGCACUCUUAGCUGCAGUAGCCUUGACAGGUAGGGAAGUAAAUGGACGAAUAGAUUGUCUAUCCUCAAAUCCUAGAUUGAAAGUUUCAAUACAUAAUUGUGAUACUAAUGUUCGAGAAGUGAUUCUAAAAGCAUAUGUGCAAGAAGAGUAUAUUAGAAAAUACAUUGGGGUUUCAAGUAGUGCUCACAAUCAAGCUCGGGUCAUAUAUGAAUUGUUCAAGAAUCAAGAACAAAGGAUGAUAUUUUGUGGACAUGACGAAUCUGAAAAUUCAAACAAUCAAGGAAACUUUCUUAAACUAUUGCAUUGGCUAUGUGAUUAUAAUGCUGAGAAUAAGGUCGUUGCUUUGACGAACGCACCUAAGAAUUUCAAAUUAACAUCACCAAAAGUGCAAAGAGAUAUUAUGAGUGCUAUUACUUCUGAAUGUCCAAAUGUGAUUAUUAAAGAUGUUUGUGAUAGUUUCUUCUCAAUUUUAGUUGAUGAAUCUCGAGACAUUUCAGUGAAGGAGCAGAUCACCAUAACUGCCUUACUUAAGACUGCAAUUGAUCAAUUAUUCUCAAUACAAAACUUAAGCAUAUCUAAUUUGAGAGGUCAGGGAUAUGAUGGAGUUAGUAACAUGCGAGUUGUGGCACAUAAAUAUUCAAAGAUUGAAACUUUCUUCACUAUCGUGUACAAAUUGGUGAAUGUUGUUGUAAAAUCGGCUAAGCGAAGUGAUCUUAUUCGAGAUAAUCAAAGAUUGAAAACUCUUGAAUCACUCAGUGUUGGUGAAAUAUCAAGUGAACGAGGUCUCAAUCAAGAAAUUACUCUUCAACAUCUUGGUGAUACACGUUGGGGCUCUCACUUUAGUUGUUUAAUUAACUUGAUUAUCAUGUUAUCAACCAUAGUCAAUGCUAGUAAGAUGAUUGCUACUGACACUACAAUACAGGAAUAA